AUGACCAAUAUGCCACCAAAGAUUCAAUUGUCUAAAGCCGCUAAGGCUGCUGCCGCUAUGGCCGGUGGUAAGAAAUCCAAGAAGAAGUGGUCCAAGAAGUCUGUCAAGGACAGAGCUAAGCACUUGGUUGUCUUGGAUCAAGAAAAAUACGACCGUAUUUUGAAGGAAGUCCCAACCUACAGAUACGUUUCUGUUUCCGUUUUGGUUGACCGUCUUAAGAUUGGUGGUUCUAUGGCCAGAGUUGCUAUUGCUCAAUUGGAAAGAGAUGGUUUGAUCAAGAAGGUUUCCAAGCACUCCACUCAAUUGAUUUACACCAGAGCUACCGCUGAGUAA